AUGCCCUUUUCGGAUUUCGCGAAGGUUCGAAAUGUGCGGCCCGAGAUCAGCUUGGACGGGGAUGGCAUCACAUUUGAUGAGGAAGAGCUGACUGCUGCGCUUGGCAAAUUGGAUAAGCUGGAUAUCUUCAACCUCGCGACGCCCACGUCGACGGAGUGUCCCGAGGAGGAGCCGAUGAUGGAUUUCCUAGAGGAGGACGAGAAGGAAGCCGAGAACUUGGAGGAAGAUGUCCAGCCUAUCAUUAGCAGCGCAAGUGCGAUCCGACGGUGCCGACUUCGAGAGCACCGGCGGGAGAUGGUUCGGGAGUACUUGACCAAGCAUGGCUUCCGAGACGCCAAUCAGCCAAAGUCUACGCAUUCAUCCUUCUUCCGCACGGAGACCAUCUACCCCAUCCAUCAUGCAGCAAAGCUGGGUCAUCACUUGAUGGUCCGCGAGCUCCUGCGGUUUGGUGUCGACCGCGAAGUGACAACGUCUCGUGGAAGAACGGCCUAUGACUUGGCUGCCGAAGCAAACAAGUUUGACUCCCACCGCAUGGCCGCAGCCGACUUGGAGAUGGCGCUGACAAGCCUGUUCUCGGAGGUUGGCUCCGUCGUUCACAUUCCAGAUUCGAGGGGCGGCGAGCCCCUCCUGGCGCUCCUUCGCCGCCGAGCGAGUUCGGAGAUCUCACUCGCCGGCACUGAUUUCACCGGCCUCUACAAGGCCAAUCUCGGCAUGGAGGCUCUUCAGAAGCUUCGGCAAGACGCAGGAAUGGCAGAAUUUGCCUGGAGGACCUUUCUGCAGCUGCUUUCGUCGGCUUUGCAUGGUCAGGAAGGCUGCGCCACAGCCGCCAGCAGCUGUGCUGCCGGGAAACGGUUGGAGCUGCGCUUUCGCCUCGAGAGUGCCGUGCUCGCGGCACACCUGGACCUGGAGGCGAUUGCGUCCAUGCCCUCGUCGACAGAAGCCCAAGGCUUUUUGAAGGGCCUCCGCGGGUUCGUUCUUGACGCCCUUGCUGCAGAGUCGUCUGCGGAAGCGGCAAAGGAUUCGUCGAAGUCUCUCGAGAGGGAGUCUGAAGCUGACCAGAAACGGAUCAUGGUUGAGAGCAUCCGCAGGCGUGGCGAGACGCAGUAUUGCCGGCGUUUUCACACUUGUAGUCGCAAUUGGCACCAGCCCUUUGUGCUGGCGCCAGUCUUACACUUGAUCAAGCAGUUGUCCCGUCACGCGGCAAGGCUAGUUCGGCAUCUUGAGGCUCUGCGUCCGUGCACGAUGGAGAAGAUCAGGCCGUCAUGCUUCGGAAGUGGCGAAGACAUCGUAAGACUCAGGUGGCACAGGCACCCGCAGAAUCCUGAGGGUAACGGCAGAGAGCUGAGGUGUCCUGUAGCAAACUCCAUGGCUCUGUACACGACGCAGCAGCUGCUGCUGUCUGUUUGGGAUGAGGUAUAUGUCGAAGCCGUGCUGUUGCUGUGCUUCUGCAUCGGCUUUUUCCUCAUCCGCAUUGCCCAGCGGAAGCUGGUCCGUCCGUUUAGCGAAAUGAAGCGCUCGCCGAAAGGCGAAGCCAAGUGUCGGAUGCCAGCCAGUCAGAGAUGUCAGAGGUCUGACAGCCCGCUUCAACCUCUGCCCCAGCUACAAAUAGCCUUGGACGAGCAGAAUGCGAACGUGGCAGCCGAGGCCGCGAGCGCCCUGCUGCUGGCGGCGUCUCCGCCCCCUCCGUCGGACUUGGCCUCGCUCUUCGAGCUGCUCCGCCGAAGCCGCGGCCCCGAGGGUGCUGCGAAGAUGCUGAAGAGACUGCCUCAAGGCACUCUGACGAUUCGGUCGAUUACAGUGCUGGCACAGGGUGCCGCACUAGCUCGCGACGGGGCCGCUCUGCUGGAGGUCGCCCGAGUAAGCCGAGAAUCCGUGCAUCUGCCUCCCGGUUGCUGCGAGGCCCUGCUGCGCGGCUUCGCCAGCUGUGGUGAUGCAGCGGGGCAUCGCGAGGCCUCCGAGGCACUCCUGGCGAACCUCUGCCCCUCGGAGGCCUUCCUGUGUGGCCUCCUGGCACUCUGUGCCACUUCCCAGGCCGUCCGUCUUGCAGAGCAGUUUGCCUCCUUCGGCGUGGCAAGGUAUGGGCCCUGCCUGCCGCUGUACAGCUCACUGCUGAAAGUAUACAGCCAAGCCAAGCUUUGGGACAAAGCCUGCGAUCUCCACGCAGACUUCUUGAAAGCAGGCAUCGCACCAGACACGGCCACCUACGGUGCCUUGAUCAAGGCCGCGGUGGAGGGUGGCCACCAAUCCUUGGCGAGACACUUGUUCCAGGAGUCCAAGAACCCGGAUGUCAUGAAUGUGAUGUCCAUGAUCCGCUCGGCUGGCCGGGACCGGAACAUCGCAAAGGCUUUGAGCCUUCUCGCGGAGCUUCAGGGAACGUCGGAACUCGAUGCGACCACCUACAACUGCGCAUUGGAGGCCUGUGUUGCCUGUGGUGACAGAAAGGCCGCCGAAGAUCUCAUGCAGAAUAUGACGAAAGCGGGUCACGUCGAUGUCGUGUCGUACAACACGUACGUGAAGCUGCUGCUUGCUGUACAAGACCAUACCCAGGUCAAAAUCACGCUGGAGGACAUGCGCAGCAGGGGAAUUCAGCCCAAUGUGGUGACCUACAACUCGCUCAUCAAGGCUUCACAACAGAAUCCACGGCAAUCGUGGCGGCUGGUGCAGGAGAUGCAAGGGGCGGGCCUGGAGCCAGAUGCCUUCACCUGCUCGAUCUUGGCAGCAGGACUGCGACACUCUCCGACGUCGCAGGGCCUGGACCAAAUCUUGGAGCUGAUGUUCAAAGGCGGAAUCGUGCUGGACGAAGUGCUGCUGAACUGCCUGUUGGAUGUCUGCAUUCGGCUGAAGGACCCUUCGAGACUACCGGAACUGCUCAGACGCUGGGAAACGACGGGACUGGCACCCUCGCCUCAUGCCUGCGUGAUGCUGAUGCGCGCCCACGGGCAUGCCAGGAACUUGCCCGAGGCCUGGCGUCUCUGGCGGCGGCUGCUAGAUGAAGAUACGAUGCCGACGGAGGAUGCCUUCAUGAGCAUGGUAGAUGCUUGCUUGGCGACCUCGGACGUCAAGGCGGCUUUGCGUGUCUUCAAGGAAUCCCGGGCUUUCCUUGCUGGCUUCCCGCGAGCCGCUGUGGCCUUCGCGCUGGCUGUCAAGGCUGCGACUGCGUCUCAGCAGCUGACCGCUGCCGUGGAGCUCUACGAAGAGACCAAGGGUGCACUGCGACUCACGGCGGUCACGUACAACACCCUGAUAGAUGCAUUGGUGCGGGCAGGAGAUCUCAAGAGAGCCAUGCAGCUGUUUCGGGACAUGGCGUGCCAGGAUACAGGACCCGAUCUCAUCAGCUUCUCCAUCCUCAUCAAAGGCUUUGCGAGCUCCGGAGACCUCGAGACAGCGAUCCUGCUUAUGGGCCAGAUGCAGGGUCAAGGGAUUCAGCCAGACUCGAUACUCUUCAACUCCAUCCUGCAUGGCUGUGCUCGGAGUCAGAGGCGUGCUCUGACGGAAGAGGUUCUGGCUGAUAUGGAGAAAGCCGGGGUUGCGCCCUCCAACUUCACAGUCUCUAUUCUAGUCAAGCUGUACGGCCGCUGCGGAGAUCUGCCGGCGGCACUGGAGGUUAUUGAGGAUUAUCCGAAGCGCUUCGGAUUCCGGCUCAAUACGCAGGCCUACACCUGCCUGAUGUCCACGUGUAUUUGGAGUGGCGACUUACCCAAAGCCUUUGACGCGUACCAGCGCAUGCUCGAGGAUGGCAUGGAAGCAGAUGGGAAGACCUUCGAGACGCUGCUAAGUGGCUGUGUGAAGUUCGGAGAGGCGAUCAGGGCCUCGCAGGUUCUAGCUGACGCUCUGAGCUGCUCAGUUCGCCUGAACCGAGAGACUCUCGAGUCGGCCGUGGUCAUGGCCCACAAUCGCAACCCCGAUGUCGCUUCCGAGAUGAUCAGCCGCAUGACACAGGCCGGCCUCCAGCCGUCUGGUCGUCUGGUCGCCACCAUGGCCAGGGAGCCCUGCGGUGCGCGGGGCGGCCGGCGCAACACACGGGGAUGGAAGAAGUCCGCGAAGGAAGUCUGCUAA